CGCAUUCAAAAUUUCCCUCCACAGCCACGAUGCUUGCCACGCUCAAAUCCGAAGAGUCGAGCGGCCAGUUGCAGCUCGUCGAACGAGAAGACAUCGACGAGGAAGAUGACCUCUUCGAAGCUAUCGACAAACUGAUUUCCCAAGGCAUCAAUGCCGGAGAUGUGAAGAAGCUUCAGGAUGCAGGGAUAUAUACCUGCAAUGGCUUGAUGAUGCACACGAAGAAGAACUUAACUGGAAUCAAAGGUUUAUCCGAGGCCAAGGUCGAUAAGAUCUGUGAAGCUGCUGAGAAGCUUGUGAAUUUUGGUUAUAUUACCGGAAGUGAUGCGCUCCUCAAAAGGAAGUCUGUGAUCCGAAUUACAACUGGAAGCCAAGCGCUAGAUGAACUGCUAGGAGGUGGAAUCGAGACCCUGGCAAUUACAGAAGCGUUUGGAGAAUUUCGAUCUGGGAAAACGCAGCUUGCUCAUACUCUCUGUGUUUCCACUCAGCUGCCAACUAAUAUGCGGGGAGGCAAUGGAAAAGUUGCUUACAUUGACACAGAAGGAACUUUCCGACCUGACCGAAUUGUUCCAAUAGCAGAGAGGUUUGGCAUGGAUCCUGGGGCUGUACUCGACAAUAUUAUCUAUGCUCGUGCCUACACUUAUGAGCAUCAGUACAACCUUCUCCUUGGUUUGGCUGCAAAAAUGUCCGAAGAACCAUUCAGACUUCUGAUAGUGGAUUCGGUGAUUGCUCUGUUUCGGGUGGAUUUUUCAGGAAGAGGAGAGCUUGCAGAGCGCCAGCAAAGACUGGCACAGAUGCUUUCUCGAUUAAUCAAGAUAGCUGAGGAAUUUAAUGUUGCAGUUUAUAUGACAAAUCAAGUCAUAGCUGAUCCAGGAGGUGGGAUGUUCGUAACUGAUCCAAAGAAACCAGCAGGAGGGCAUGUGCUAGCCCAUGCAGCCACAAUAAGGCUAAUGUUCAGGAAAGGUAAAGGUGAACAGCGCGUUUGCAAAGUGUUUGACGCCCCAAAUCUGCCAGAGGCUGAAGCAGUGUUCCAGAUAACAACAGGCGGCAUUGCAGACGCGAAGGACUGA